AUGAAACUUGCAUUGUCUCCUCUUGACACGACCGGUAAGGAAUUCGUCUUCGCCUUCCAGAGUAACUUUCAGAAUAAAAGACCAGACAGACUCUCGCUGCUAAUAGGAGCCAACGAACCAGGUCUGACAAGGGUUCAAGUCGAAGCACCAAACUUCAAUUGGCAACAGACGGUGCAAAUACAACAUAAACAGGUAAGGCAAGUGGAUCUUAACCCAGAUAUUGCUGCUCGGGGGGCUGGGCCAGUCAAUGGUACGCUUAUCGUAAGAGCAACCAAGGAUAUAUCAGUUCAUGGCCUCAAUUCGCUCACCAUGACAAACGAUGCUUUCUUGGCUAUCCCAACUCAUGGUCUUGGUGAAGAGUACUUUGUGGCAUCUUACGACCCGGUGCCCAUUGAGAUGUCACAGUUCCUGAUCACAGGCAUCCAGGCCGAUACAGCCGUGAAGAUCGUUCUUCAGGCUAGGCUUCAACACAACUCACAAUGGUACAGCAAAGGACAAACACUGACCGUCAAUAUUGGAAAGUAUCAGUCCAUCCAGUUUCAGAGCCAGGAAGAUCUUACAGGAACCAGGAUUACAUCCACCAAGCCCAUCAGCGUCAUGUCUGGAGCUUCCUGCACUCUCGUCCCAACCCAAGUAUACAGGUGUGACCAUCUCGUAGAGCACCUGCCCCCAUUCAACACUUGGGGCAAGCGAUUUACCCUUUUGCCAUUCUCUAACAGAUCCGGUGGAUUCAUCUUCAGGAUUAUCGCUGGUCGUCCAUCAACCACAGUACACAUUAUGGGAAAUAACGUUCAGCUUCAGUUCGAAGGCAGCUUCAGGGAAUUCAAUCAGCCAGCUUCACUGAAGACCACUCUGCAAUCAGAUAAACCCAUCAUGGUUGUACAGUACGCCAAAGGAAUGCAGAAGGAUAAUAAUGGAGAUCCCUUCAUGACCCUCAUCCCACCUGUCGAACAGUACAUGCAGAAGGAGAUCACCUUUGGUUCUUUCAAUCAAUCAGGUACAGACAUGCUCAACAUGUUUGCUGGAGUUUCCUUCACUUCACCAGCUCUUUUCACCAUGAGUCUCAAUGGAAAAUCAUCAUUUGAACCUGAGCAAGGCAUCCCAGGCACGGGUAUCUCUUCAACUUUCACAGCCGACUCGACCAUUCCUCUUGAUAACAUCCGAAACAUUCUGACAAAUUACGAGAAGGAUGUUCAUUACAUGGCCAUCGUUUACGGGUUUGCCAGCGGCACAUCGUUCGGUUACCCAGCAGCCUACCAGCUCAGGCAAAUCACAUGUACAAGGCCUGGCAGGCAGGGCCCAGAAGCUGAGUUUGAGUGUCCAGACUCACACAGACGCCCCCGACCCACUGCACCUGUCGUACCCGUAGGCCCAGGCAGUGGAGGAGAAUUAGGACAAGAAGGUUGUACGUCAAAGGGCGUCGUAGUUCUUGCCGCCAUUCUUCCAGCCCUUAUUGUAUUUAUCAUAAUGGUUAUCAUCCUUGUCUUCGUCCUCUACAGAUUGAGGAGAAAGCUUUGACUUGUCUUUCAUCAUCACUGAAGUGCAAUACAAUGGAUAUCUCAUCUAGGAAUUCACAUCUUAUAUAAAAACAUCUGAGUGAUUGGACCAUCCCAAAGACAUGUUCUGUAGACCUUGUCACAUCAAAUCUGGACUGAGUCACCGUGUGUCCUAAACCUUGAAUCAUCCGCGGGGGGGGGGUCUAUUUGGGAAAACAAACUUUUUUGCUAACCGUUUUGCCGACCAGGUCAUGAUACGUAGUUGGUGUGAUUUAUGCUCUUUGGAUAUCUCAUCAGAUCGGACCAAGACCCAGACCGUUCCUGGUGUGUCAAGGUCUUCAUAAACAUCCUAAUUUCAAUGGAUUAUAUUGAAAUGAGAGUCGCUCCGAGUUUCAUUAUCGCUUAAAAAAUCAUUGUCUUUCCAGCAAAAAGCAAACUGUAUUAUAAUGCUUUGUAUUACUAUAUCGUUUUCUUUGUUUUUGUUCGUUUGAAUAAUGUGGUGCUAAAUAUUUGUACAAAUUGUAACAAAUUGUAAGAUAGGUGGUCAACCACGAAAAAAUAAAUACAAGCUGCCUUGUUUUUUUUAUUCCGUUAGUUAUUCUAUUUUCUUUCUAAAAGAUGAGCAAGGUAGUGUUAUGCCUUUUGGUUCGGUAUGCUAUUUUUGUAAUUGGUGAUAAAGUAUUAUUUCUAAGUAAUUUAGAAGACACUUGAAAAUAGUAUGUUUAGUUUAGUGGUGUACAUAAAAUUUAAAGAAUAUCUAUAUAUUGAUUAAAUACCGCAAAGUUAUUUCUUUUUAUAAUUUGUUCUGCUUGGUUCUUUUAGUUAUUUUAAUGACUAUAUAAAUUAAUGAUACUUCACAGUUUAAUCCUUUCCGUUUUUUUGUUCGUAUUGUUGCUUGAUUUUGUAAAUAGAAUUUUAUCUCUAAGUACGUAUUGAGUCUGUAGAAAUAAUCUUUUAUAUAGAAACUACGUGGACUGUUACUUAGGUACAUGUAGUUGUGUAUAGAUGGGUUAACAAAACAGGGAGUAAUAAAAGUCAAGAUGUCAUAUUUUAGAGUUCAUUAUCCUCUAUGCGUUAACAUGUAUAUCUCAGCUAAAUUUUUGGUUAAUAAUACAUGUAAUAUGUACACCUUUUCGUAACGACUUUUCACUGUUCGUAGCGUAUGUCGUCACCAGUAAGGGAUUGUUGAGAUUGUAAUAAUUCACUAAUUGCACAUUAUUUGAAUAUGUAAUGUCUUAAAUGACAUCAUGUGCAUUCCGCGAUUUCAAAAUGUGUAUGUUUGUAUCGAUUUUAUACAAGAUAACAUGUUGAAAUGGAAACCCCAAUAAAUGUUUUAUUUCUUAAA